AUAUUCGUACCGGAAGUUUGGAGUAGAGACGGUUUUUCUGCGAUUUGUAUCGUAAGUAUAGAUUUACUCGUAUAUUAUUAAUUCCUUCUUAGCCUAAGCAGUAAUCAUAUUCGUAUAAUGACUUCUCUAGGUUUAAAUUCUAAUAGGGAUCGUAGUUUUUAAAAAUUUGCUAACGAUUAUUAAUUUCUGUCAUUAUCGCUCAACGAACGUGCGGCGUUUUUAUAUCUUAAUCGCAAACAAAUAGCUAUUUAAGGUAUCCUCAUUAGGUACGAUUUCUGGUCCAUUCACUUGUUAAUUACUUUGAAUAAUAUGGGUGUAAAAGAAAUAAAAUGUUAUUUAUCAAAAUUUAUAAGAAAUUUCAAUCGUAAAUUAUGCUAUUAAUAUAUUACAAAUAUAUAACAGAUUUCACCUUCAAACUUUCCCCAUGGAUACUGAUCUCUAUGACGAAUUUGGUAAUUACAUCGGACCUGAUAUUGAAUCAGAAGAUGAAUCUGAAGAAGAAGAAGAAGAACGACCAACUGGUUAUGGGGAAGAACCUGACGAGGUUGAAAUGGAAGAGGAAAAAGAUGAUGACGAAGAGCCAUCAGAUAUGCAAGUAGUUUUGCACGAAGAUAAAAAAUAUUAUCCUUCUGCAGUAGAAGUAUAUGGACCCGGAGUUGAGACAAUAACACAAGAGGAAGAUAUUCAACCGAUUACACAACCGAUCAUUGAGCCAGUAAAAAAGAAAAAAUUUUCCUACUUCGAACAAGAUUUACCAAAAACCACAUAUAGCAUAGAAUACUUAGCUGAUAUGAUGGAUAGUUCGUCGCUAAUUCGAAAUGUUGCUUUAUGUGGGAAUAUACACGCUGGAAAAACAAGUUUUGUCGAUUGCUUAAUGGAGCAAACUCACCCUGAUAUGAAAAAGAAAGAAGGGAAAGAUCUUCGAUUUACAGAUACGUUGUUUACUGAACAAGAGAGAGGUGUUAGUAUAAAAGCAGCCCCAGUAACUCUUCUAAUGGACGAUGUGAGGAGUAAGUCAUAUUUGGUCAAUGUAUUUGACACUCCGGGUCACGUCAAUUUUUCUGAUGAAGUAACUGCCGCAUUUAGAAUAUGUGAUGGCGUUGUAAUCUUUGUUGAUGCAGCAGAAGGAGUUAUGAUGAAUACUGAACGACUAAUUAAACAUGCUGUUCAGGAAAAAUUAGCGAUAACUUUAUGCAUUAAUAAAAUUGACAGAUUGAUAUUAGAGUUGAAACUACCUCCUUCCGAUGCCUAUUUCAAAAUGCGUUAUAUUAUCGAUGAGGUUCAAAAUUUAAUUCAUAUGUAUCAAGAUGAAGGAGAUACCUUUAGAGUGUCACCUGUGUUGGGAAAUGUGUGUUUUUCGAGCUCAUAUUAUCGGUUUUCUUUCACUUUACUAUCGUAUGCUAAACUGUAUUCGGACUCUUACGGAGGUGUGAACGAAUAUCAAUUAGCUAAAAGACUGUGGGGAGAUAUUUAUUACAACAAGCAGACUCGAAAAUUCACCAAAAAACCACCUGGAAACAACAUUCAGAGAACUUUCGUUCAGUUCAUUUUGGAACCACUAUAUAAGAUUUUCUCCCAGAUCGUUGGGGACGUGGAUACUUGUCUGCCCUCUCUUUGCUCUGAAUUAGGCAUCUACCUUAAUAAGGAAGAGCAGAAAAUGAACGUCCGCCCUUUGAUCCGAUUAGUUUGCAAUAGAUUUUUUGGAAGUUUUACAGGUUUUACUGGGAUGUGUGUUGAGCAUAUACCGUCACCCAGCCAUAAUGCUGAACGAAAAGUCCGCCAUUUGUACACAGGACCUGUUGAUUCUAAGCUUACUGAAUAUAUGAACGAUUGUGACUCUGAAGGUCCGCUAAUGGUCCACACUGUAAAACUAUAUCCCAAUCAAGAUGCUACUGGAUUUCAUGUUCUUGGUAGAGUUUUCUCAGGCACUUUGUAUGCGAAUCAACAAGUCAGAAUUCUUGGAGAAAGUUAUACUUUGGAGGAUGAAGAAGAUUCCAGACAAGGUCAAGUUGGGCGUCUCUGGGUGUUUGAGUCUCGGUAUAAAAUUGAAGUUAAUCGAGUCCCAGCCGGUAACUGGGUUCUUAUCGAGGGCAUCGACACUCCGAUCGUCAAAACAAGCACAAUAAUUGAAGUUUCAGGAAAUGAUGAGGCUAUGAUCUUUAGACCUUUAAAAUUUAAUACUUCGUCGGUUGUCAAAAUUGCUGUUGAACCUGUGAAUCCAUCUGAAUUACCGAAAAUGUUGGAUGGAUUAAGAAAGGUUAACAAGAGUUACCCCCUGUUGACAACCAAGGUAGAAGAAUCAGGCGAGCAUGUUAUUCUUGGGACUGGCGAAUUGUAUUUAGAUUGUGUCAUGCACGAUUUGAGAAAGUUGUAUUCAGAGAUAGACAUCAAAGUUGCAGAUCCUGUCGUCAGCUUUUGUGAAACUGUUGUUGAAACAUCUUCUCUGAAAUGUUUCGCAGAAACUCCAAACAAAAAAAACAAACUCACUUUUAUUGCAGAACCACUAGAAAAAGGUCUAGCAGAAGAUAUCGAAAAUGAAAUUGUACAAAUCACCUGGCCCAAGAAACGUUUAGGAGAAUUUUUUCAAACGAAAUAUGAUUGGGAUUUGCUUGCUGCCAGAUCUAUAUGGGCAUUUGGUCCUGAUACAACCGGACCAAAUAUUUUAGUAGAUGAUACCUUACCAUCCGAGGUUGAUAAAACUCUUUUAAGCUCUGUAAAAGAUUCAAUAGUUCAAGGUUUCCAGUGGGGAACAAGAGAAGGACCGUUGUGUGAAGAACCAAUCAGAAAUUGUAAAUUUAAAAUCUUGGAUGCCGUUGUUGCCCCCGAACCUAUUCACAGAGGAGGAGGUCAAGUUAUUCCAACAGCAAGAAGAGUCGCUUAUUCCGCAUUUCUAAUGGCAACACCAAGACUGAUGGAACCUUAUUAUUUCGUUGAAGCACAAGCUCCUGCUGAUUGCGUCAGUGCCGUUUACACCGUUAUAGCAAAGAGAAGAGGCCAUGUAACGCAAGAUGCACCAGUACCGGGUUCACCUCUUUACGCUAUUAAGGCUUUUAUUCCUGUUAUCGACUCCUUUGGAUUUGAAACAGAUUUAAGAACUUACACUCAAGGUCAAGCCUUUUGCAUGAGUGUUUUCCAUCAUUGGCAGAUUGUUCCUGGUGAUCCUCUUGAUAAGAGUAUAGUAAUUAGACCCCUUGAGCCCCAACCAGCUACCCAUUUAGCUCGAGAAUUUAUGAUUAAAACAAGAAGAAGAAAGGGUCUCAGUGAGGACGUAAGCAUUAAUAAAUUCUUUGAUGAUCCUAUGUUGUUGGAACUGGCAAAGCAAGAUGUAAUGCUAAACUAUCCAAUGUAA